AUGUCGUCGGUGCAUGCGUCAGCAUCGGCGUUGGCGUGGCGCGGCGUCGUCGGCCAGCAUCGCGUCGACCGCGCGCGACCGCCGACGCGACGUGGCGGCCGAAGCAUCGCCAGCGGCCGACGCGUCGCGACGGUGAGUUGCGAGGCUGGGGAGGCGAGGGCCAUCGACCCUCGGCUCGACGCGGUGGUCGAUUCGCUCCCGAUCCGCGAGGUGCUGUACCGGUGUCUGGAUGCGCUGGAUGAGAGCACGGGACUGGUGCUUCAGGCACCCCCGGGCGCGGGUAAGACCACCGCGCUGCCCCUCGCCAUGAUCCUCUCCAACCCCGCCUGGCUGCCCCGAACCGGUAAAGUCAUAGUGUUGGAGCCGAGGAGACUGGCCGCGCGCGCCGCCGCGACGCGCAUGGCCUCGAUACUGAACGAACCCGUGGGCAAGACGGUCGGAUACAGCGUCAGGUUCGAGUCGAAGGUAUCCCCCGCGACGCGCGUGGAGGUGGUCACCGAGGGGGUGCUCGUGCGUCGACUGCAGCGAGACCCUUCCCUUGACGGCGUGUUCGCGAUUGUCUUUGACGAGUUCCACGAACGAAGCCUCGACGCCGACGUGGCGCUGGCGCUCGCGUCGGAGACCCGAUCCGCGCUCAGACCCGACCUGCGGCUCGUCGUCAUGUCAGCCACGCUCGGUGACGUGGGCCCGCGAGCGUCCGAGAUGCUCUCGCGGGGAGAUGGCGGGCCGUCAUGUCCGCUGCUGGUGAGCGAGGGUAAGUCGUUCCCGGUGGAGACGGUUUACCUGGGGCCUCCGGGUCGCAACUUUGGGGACCUGGAGGACGCUACGGUCGCCGCGGUGCGACGCGCGCUGAGCGACGCGCCGGGCGUGGACGGUGGGGACGUGCUGUGCUUCCUCCCGGGCGCCGCCGAGAUUAACCGGGUGGUGGCGGCGUUGCGAGACGGUCAGUCGGAGUCCCUCUCCGUGCUGCCGCUGUACGGGGCCCUGGGCCAGGCGGAGCAGCAAGCCGCGCUCGCGCCGGCCCCGGGUGGUACGCGCAGGGUGGUGGUCAGCACCCCGAUCGCGGAGUCGUCGCUGACCAUCCCGGGGGUGAGAAUCGUGGUCGACAGCGGACUGGCGCGGCGACCCCGGUUCGACUCGAACAAGGGCAUGACGCGGCUGGAUACGGCGCUCAUCUCCGUGGCAUCCGCGGACCAGCGCCGGGGACGCGCGGGUCGCGUGGCUCCCGGGACGUGCUACAGGCUGUGGAGUGAACGCACGCACGCGCAGCUCGCGUCGGAUGCGGAGCCGGAAAUUGCCAACGCGGAUCUCGCGCCGUUGGCGCUGGACCUGGCGACGUGGGGGAUCCGCGACGACGAGGGGGUCACCUCGCUGCCGUGGCUCGAUCCUCCCCCCGCGGGUCGAUUGAGCGCUGCGAGGGACUUGCUCACCCGGCUGGGGGCCACGGAGGAAGGCACAGGGCGAGUCACGCCGCUGGGUGAACGGAUGGCGCGGUUGCCGCUGCACCCCAGGUUAGCGCGAAUGGUCCUGUGGGGCGCAAGCAGGGGCCCGGAGAGUUGCCGGAUGGCGUGUCAAAUCGCCGCGGUGUUGUCGGACAGGGACCUACUUCGAGGUAGGGACGCACCCGCGGACGUGAGAGCGAGGCUAGGCGCGCUGUGGUCCCUCGGCGACGGGGGCGCGGACGGCCCGGGGCUGGCGCGGUGGUCGCUCGAGGCGCGAGCCGCAGAGCCGACGCCAGCCGUGCCGCCGUCCACUCCGAAAGCCCCGAUCGAUCCGGCCGCGCCCGUCCGCGUGCCGAUCGGGACCAAGCUGCCCAAGGGGAAGAAUAAGGGGGGAAAAUUUAAGGGUGCGCCGAAGGGCCGCAGACCGGCGGGUGGGGGAGUGCAGGCUGCGGCAAAGGCGGCAAGGGCCGCGGCGUCCUCGGCGGGUGCCGGCUCAUCCUCCGCGUCCUCUGUCGGCGGCUUUGGCGCGGCGUACGGCGGGUACCGCGGGUUCGAGAUUGACCGAAACGCCACGAGGGAGGCUGGCAAGGUGGUUUCCCAGCUUCUAAACGCGGUCAAGGUGCUCGCGGCGGACGACGGCGGCGAAUGGUGCGCGCCGGGUGUCGGCGGCGGGGACCCGCGCGGACCGUGCUGGGACUUUCUCUUGGGCGAGGGUGAGAACGAGGCGGGCGUCUUACUUGCCGUGGCGUACCCCGACCGCGUCGGCGUGAGGCGAAGCAAGGGUGGCAACUUCCAGCUCUCGGGGGGUGUCGGGGCGGCGUCGGUCCCGGGAUCGGAUCCACUCGCGCGGGCGGAGGUUCUGGCAAUCGCCGAGAUGACGUCCGGCGACGUCGGCGGCGGGGCGAGAAACGACAGGGUCCGCCUCGCCGCGCCCGUGCCUUUGACCGCUCUGGAACCGGACGGUGAUCGGCCCGGGUGCCUGGCCGAUGCGCUGUGCCGCAGGAGGGAUUCGGUCUCGUGGGCGAGCGCGAGCAAGGCGGUGGUGGCCCGGCGACAGCUGUGCGUGGGCGACGCGGUGCUUCGGGAGUCUCCCUUCCAGCCGACGCCGGAUGAGACUGUCGAGGCCAUGUUAUGUGGGGUCAAGGAGAUGGGCGUGCGGGCGGCGCUGGGUUGGAGCGAUAAGACGGAGUCGUGGAGGCGGCGGGUCAUGUGGCUGAGGACGGCAGGCGGCGCGGACCACCUCCCGGACCUGAGCGACGCGGCGCUGGAGGCUACCCUGGACGACUGGCUCGCGCCGAUGCUCCCCGGCGUGACGUCAAAGUCUGCUAUGCACAAGCAGCUGGACGGCGACGGGCUCGUUCGGUGCUUGCUGACGUACGAGCAGACGAUGGAGGUGGACCAGUCGUGCCCGACGCACGUGGUCGUCCCGUCGGGGUCCCGCCUACCGCUCGACUACGACACCCCUGGGGGCACACCGGUGCUUCGUGCCAGGCUGCAGGAACUCUUCGGGAUGGCCGAGACUCCCACGAUUGGUCCUAAGAGAGUCCCGAUCGAGGUUCACCUUCUGUCGCCGGCGAGUCGGCCGGUGCAGGUGACGACAGACUUGGCGUCGUUCUGGAAAAACACGUAUUUUGACGUGGCCAAGGAGCUGAAAGGGAGGUACCCGAAGCACUACUGGCCAGACGACCCGACAACGGCGGUGGCGACAAACAGGGCCAAGCCGCGUUCAAAGUAG